AUGUCAAAGUCUCCCUCUCAUGAACAGCGACAGUCCGUUUAUUCUGCCUCUCUGCCUGGGGAACUUGAAGAGGCAAUGGGAAUGGAUGAUCCAGAAUCUACAAUGGCAACAGUUGCUAAUUUUGUGGAGCAACUGCAUGCCAACUUGUCAUCACCAGUUGAGAAAGAAACUAUUACAGCACGUUUGCUCUGUAUUGCAAGGAGAAGAAAGGAGGCUAGAACACUCAUUGGUUCUCAUGCCCAAGCCAUGCCAUUGUUCAUAAACAUUCUGAGAAAUGGAACCCCGCUUGCAAAAGUCAAUGUUGCUUCCACUCUAAGUGUCCUGUGCAAAGAUGAAGACCUGAGAUUAAAAGUGCUACUUGGUGGUUGUAUCCCACCAUUAUUGUCACUUUUAAAUUAUGAAUCCACGGACACCAGGAAGGCAGCAGCUGAAGCAAUAUAUGAAGUUUCCUCGGGUGGUCUUUCUGAUGAUCAUGUUGGUAUGAAAAUUUUUGUUACAGAGGGUGUAGUUCCAACCUUAUGGAAUCAACUAAAUCCAAAGAACAAGGAAGAUAAAAUUGUGGAGGGUUUCAUUACUGGAGCAUUAAGAAAUCUUUGUGGUGACAAAGACGGCUACUGGAAAGCAACAUUAGAAGCUGGAGGUGUGGAUAUCAUAGUAGGGCUCUUGUCCUCCGAUAAUGCUGUUUCUCAGUCAAAUGCAGCUUCUCUAUUGGCACGUUUAAUGCUGGCAUUCAGUGAUAGUAUCCCCAAAGUAAUAGAUUCUGGAGCAGUCAAAGCUUUACUACAGCUUGUUGGUCCGGAAAAUGACAUUUCUGUUAGAGCUAGUGCUGCAGAUGCCUUAGAGGCCCUCUCUUCAAAAUCUACCAAGGCUAAAAAGGUCAUCGUUAAUGCAGAUGGUAUUCCAAUCCUUAUUGGAGCAAUAGUUGCUCCUUCUAAUGAGUGUAUGCAAGGCGAUGGUGGCCAGGCUCUACAAGAGCAUGCAACUCAAGCUUUAGCCAAUAUUUGUGGUGGCAUGUCUGCUUUAAUACUAUAUCUUGGAGAACUUUCGCGCUCUCCUCACCUUGAAGCACCAGUCAGUGAUAUAAUUGGGGCCCUUGCUUAUACGCUAAUGGUCUUUGAGGAAAAAAUUGGUGUUGAUGAGAAACAUUUUGAUGCAACUCAGGUAGAGGAUAUUCUAGUAGCUCUUUUAAAGCCUCGAGACAACAAAUUGAUUCAAGAGCGUGUUCUUGAGGCUAUGGCUAGCCUUUACGGAAAUAUCUGUCUCUCAAAGUGGCUCAUUCAGGCAGAUUCAAAGAAGGUUCUUAUUGGACUUAUAACCAUGGCUGCCACUGAUGUGCAACAGUAUCUGAUACUUUCAUUGACAACCUUGUGUUGUGAUAAGAUUGGAGUAUGGGAGGCUAUAAAAAAGAGAGAAGGUAUCCAAUUAUUAAUAUCAUUGCUUGGAUUAUCAAGUGAGCAGCAUCAAGAGUACUCAGUUCAGCUGCUAGCAAUCUUAACUGACCAGGUUGAUGACAGCAAGUGGGCAAUCACUGCUGCUGGAGGGAUUCCUCCACUGGUGCAGUUGUUGGAAACAGGAUCACAGAAAGCAAGAGAGGAAGCAGCAAAUGUUCUUUGGAGUUUGUGCUGUCACAGUGAAGAUAUUCGUGCUUGUGUUGAAAGUGCUGGAGCCAUCCCGGCAUUUUUGUGGCUUCUGAAGAGUGGUGGACCAAAAGGGCAGAAAGCUUCUGCUAUGGCGCUCACAAAGCUUGUCCGAAUAGCUGAUUCAGCCACAAUUAAUCAGCUAUUAGCAUUGCUCCUAGGUGAUUCUCCAAGCUCGAAGGGCCACAUAAUCCGAGUUUUAGGUCAUGUUCUUACUAUGGCUUCACAGAAUGAUCUCCUUCAAAAGGGUUCUGCAGCUAAUAAAGGCUUGAGAUCUCUAGUUCAGGUCCUCAAUUCAUCGAAUGAGGAAACCCAAGAAUAUGCAGCUUCGGUUCUAGCUGAUUUGUUUAUCACAAGACAAGACAUCUGUGAUAGUAUUGCAACUGAUGAGAUUGUGCUUCCUUGCAUGAAGCUUCUGACUAGCAAGACUCAAGUUGUUGCUACUCAAUCAGCUCGAGCAUUAAGUGCUCUGUCCCGUCCAACAAAGAACAAGGCUUCAAAUAAAAUGUCUUAUAUAGUUGAGGGUGAUGUUGAGCCACUAAUCAAGUUAGCUAAAACAUCAUCCGUUGAUGCUGCUGAAACUGCUGUUGCUGCAUUGGCCAAUCUUCUCUUUGAUCCUUUCAUUGCUGCUGAGGCUCUAGCUGAAGAUGUUGUUUCGGCUUUAACUAGAGUUCUAGCAGAAGGGACAUUGGAAGGCAAACAAAAUGCAUCUCGUGCACUUCAUCAAUUAUUGAAGCAUUUUCCUGCAGGUGAUGUUCUCAAGGGGAGUGCUCAAUGUCGUUUCACUGUGCUUGCACUUGUUGAUUCCUUAAGAGCUAUGGAUAUGGAUGGAACUGAUGCUUCAGAUGCUUUAGAAGUAAUUGCACUGCUAGCGAGGACAAAACAGGGUGUCAGCUUCAAUUACUCUCCAUGGUCAGCUCUGGCUGAAAUACCGCCAAGCUUAGAACUUCUUGUCUGCUGCCUGGCUGAGGGGUCUUCCCUUGUGCAAGAGAAGGCAAUUAAAAUUCUAUCAAGACUUUGUGGCGAUCAGCCAGUUGUUCUUGGUGAUUUGUUAUCGGCUAGUUCCAGAUCCAUUGGUUCAUUGGCCAAUAGAAUAAUGAACUCCUCAUGUCUUGAAGUAAAAAUUGGAGGGGCUGCCCUACUAAUUUGUGCUGCAAAGGAGAAGAAACAGUUUGCAAUGGAUUCACUUGAUGUAUCUGGGUGUUUGAAACCAUUAAUAUAUUCUUUAGUUGAAAUGAUAAAGCAGAGUUGUAGUUAUUCUUCGUUAGAAAUUGAAAUUCUCACUUCUAAAGGUUUUAUGGAGAGAAGUGCUUUUCAAGAAGUUGAUGAGUUUGAUAUUCCUGAUCCUGCCACUGCCUUGGGAAGCACUAUUGCCAUGUGGUUGCUCUCAGUUAUUGCUUCUUUCCAUAUAAAGAGCAAGCUCACAAUUCUGGAAGCUGGUGGACUUGAAACUCUCUCUGACAAACUUGGAAGAUAUACUUCAAAUCCACAGGCAGAAUAUGAGGAUACAGAAGGAAUAUGGAUCAAUGCCUUGCUCUUGGCCAUUUUAUUUCAGGAUGCAAAUGUUGUUCUAUCUCCUGUGACAAUGCGCAUUAUACCUUCUAUCACGCUUCUGCUAAGAUCUGAUGAAGUCAUUGAUAAAUAUUUUGCUGCCCAGGCUAUGGCCAGUCUUGUUUGUAAUGGCAAUAAGGGAAUAGAUCUUGCCAUUGCAAAUUCUGGUGCUGUUGCUGGAUUGAUAACUAUUAUAGGGCAUGUUGAGUCAGAUAUGCCUAAUCUCAUGGCUUUAUCAGAAGAAUUUUCUUUGGUACAAAACCCUGAUCAAGUUGUUCUGGAUCACCUUUUUGAAAUUGACGAUGUAAAAGUGGGGUCUACUGCCAGGAAAUCUAUACCGCUCUUAGUGGAUCUCCUGAGGCCAAUACCAGAAAGGCCUAGUGCUCCACCUGUUGCUGUUAGACUCUUGAUAUCUAUUGCAGAUGGAAGUGAUAGCAAUAAAUUAAUCCUAGCUGAAGCUGGAGCUCUUGAAGCUUUGAACAAAUACCUGUCGUUGAGUCCUCAAGAUUCAACUGAGGCUGCAAUUUCUGAGCUACUGAGAAUAUUGUUUUGCAACUCUGAUCUUAUUAAACACGAAGCAUCAAUUAAUUCAUUGAAUCAACUCAUAGCCGUUUUGCGUCUUGGCUCAAGAAAUGCUAGAUACAGUGCAGCAAGAGCACUUCAUGAACUUUUUGAUGCUGACAACAUUAGAGACUCAGAAUUAGCAAAACAGGCCAUUCAGCCAUUGGUUGACAUGCUUAACACAACAUCAGGGAAUGAGCAGGAGGCAGCUCUCAUGUCCUUGAUCAAGUUAACUUCAGGGAAUUCUUCAAAAGUAUCUCUUCUUACUGAUAUGGAAGGAAACCCUCUUAAAUGUUUAUACAAGAUACUGUCUUCUGCUUCAUCAUUGGAACUGAAGAGCCAUGCUGCCCAACUCUGCUUUGUUCUUUUUGGGAAUAGCAAGAUCAGAGCAGAUCCAGUUGCUUCAGAAUGCCUAGAACCCCUUAUAUUACUGUUGCAGUCUGGUUCUGAGACAGCAAUAGAGUCUGGGGUUUGUGCUUUUGAGAGAUUGUUGGACGAUGAACAACAGGUAGAGCUUGCAGCAGCCUACAAUGUUGUUGAUCUCCUUGUGAGCUUGGUUUCUGGUACAAACUAUCAGCUUAUCGAGGCUACCAUAUCUACUCUUAUCAAAUUGGGCAAAGAUAGGACUCCAAGUAAACUAGACAUGGUGAAAGCUGGCAUUAUUGAUAAUUGUCUCAAGCUACUACAAUUAGCACCUAGCUCUUUAUGCUCCACGAUAGCUGAGCUCUUUCGCAUUUUAACUAAUAGUAGUGCAAUUGCAAGAAGUUCAGAUGCCGCAGAAAUUGUAGAACCUCUUUUCCAUGUUUUGCUCCGUCGAGAUUUCAACUUAUGGGGACAGCAUAGUGCGUUACAAGCACUUGUAAAUAUAUUGGAGAAACCACAAAGUCUUGCAACCUUGAAACUUACUCCAAGCCAAGUUAUUGAACCCUUGAUUUCUUUUCUGGAAUCCCCAUCCCAAGCUAUUCAGCAGCUUGGCACAGAACUGUUAUCUCAUCUUCUUGCACAGGAACAUUUUCAGCAAGAUAUUACAACUAAGAAUGCAGUCGUGCCCCUCGUACAGCUUGCAGGAAUUGGAAUAUUAAACUUACAGCAAACAGCUAUUAAAGCAUUGGAAAAAAUUUCCACAAGUUGGCCAAAGGCAGUUGCUGAUGCAGGAGGUAUUUUUGAGCUUGCAAAGGUUAUUAUUCAAGAAGACCCUCAGCCACCACAUGCACUAUGGGAAUCAGCUGCUUUAGUUCUCUCUAAUGUAUUACAUUCCAAUGCCGAUUACUAUUUUAAAGUUCCUGUGGUAGUUCUUGUAAAACUUCUGCACUCAACACUAGAGAGUACAAUUAGCAUAGCCCUUAAUGCUUUAAUAGUUCAUGACAGAAGUGAUGCUUCAAGUGCUGAGCAGAUGAUGGAAGCUGGGGUUAUUGAGGCUCUGUUGGACCUUUUAAGAUCUCAUCAUUGUGAAGAAGCAUCUGGUAGAUUACUAGAAGCUUUAUUUAACAAUGUGAGAGUACGAGAGAUGAAGGUAUCUAAGUAUGCUAUAGCGCCUUUGUCCCAGUAUCUAUUGGAUCCCCAAACCAGAUCCCAGUCUGGUAAGCUUCUUGCUGCUUUAGCUUUGGGAGAUCUUUCCCAGCUUGAAGGACAUGCUAGAUCUAGUGCCUCUGUUUCUGCAUGCCGUGCACUGAUAAGUUUACUUGAAGAUCAGCCAACUGAAGAAAUGAAGGUGGUAGCUAUAUGUGCAUUGCAAAACUUUGUCAUGAACAGCAGGACAAACAGACGAGCUGUUGCAGAAGCUGGGGGCAUACUGGUGAUUCAGGAAUUGCUGCUGUCUCCAAACACAGAAGUUGCUGCACAAGCCGCUUUACUGAUCAAAUUUUUGUUUUCUACACAUACAUUGCAAGAAUAUGUAUCAAAUGAGUUGAUCAGGUCUUUGACAGCUGCACUGGAAAGAGAGUUAUGGUCAACUGCCACAAUCAAUGAAGCGGUUUUGAAAACUCUGCAUGUGAUAUUCAUGAACUUUCCUAAGCUACACACAUCUGAAGCAGCAACUCUUUGCAUUCCUCAUUUGGUAGGGGCACUUAAAUCUGGUGGUGAAGCGGCUCAGGACUCUGUACUUGACACGUUUUGUUUGCUAAGACAAUCUUGGUCAACUAUGCCAAUAGAUAUAGCAAAGUCACAAGCUAUGAUUGCUGCUGAAGCCAUCCCCAUUUUGCAAAUGCUGAUGAAAACCUGCCCACCUAGUUUCCAUGAGAGGGCAGAUACUCUUCUGCACUGCUUACCAGGUUGUUUGACUGUCACCAUUAAGCGUGGAAACAACCUCAGGCAAACUAUGGGAAGCACUAACGCAUUCUGCCGGUUAACAAUAGGGAAUGGUCCUCCAAAACAAACCAAGGUAGUGAAUCAUAGUACUUCUCCCGAAUGGAAAGAAGGGUUCACUUGGGCAUUUGAUGUACCUCCAAAGGGCCAAAAGCUGCAUAUAAUAUGCAAAAGCAAGAAUACUUUUGGGAAGACAACUCUUGGAAGAGUAACCAUCCAAAUUGAUAAAGUUGUAUCAGAGGGGGUUUAUAGUGGAUUAUUCAGUCUUAAUCAUGACGGUAACAAAGAUGGUUCUUCCCGAACACUUGAAAUUGAGAUUAUAUGGUCCAACAGGAUCUCCAAUGAUGACAUUUGA